CGUGAGGCGGUACCGGGACCCGGGGCGGGGGGGAGGGGGCGAGCGGGCGAGCGCCUCAUCCUCACUCCGUGAGGCAGCUGCGGGGGUUCCUGAGCCGUGCAGGUGGGGCAUCGGCAGUGCCUUGCCGGAGCCGCGUCACCGGUGGUCAGCCUCUCAGCGCUGUUCCCUCACGUACCGGCGUGGAGGCUCCGGCCCCUUCGCCGACAUCGGAGGAGCAUCCGUCCCGGCAGCCGAGGCGGGGCUGGGCACAGAGGUGAGCCCGGGACGCGGCGGGGACGAGCUCCAGCUCGGCGAGCAUCUUGUGUGGCGAGCUCAGGCAUUUGAAAGAAAUUUUAUAUUUACUUUUUAUUUGGUUGAUUUUUUUUUCUUUUUUUUUUUUUUUUGCCUUCUUGGCAUUUUUGGACCCUCUUUCCGGGCUCCUGAGGCAUCCAAGCGAGGUGGGGCUUGUUCCCCCACAGGGUAUUGUGGACCUCGUUAUUUUUGCAUUGAGAUCUCCCUCCAAUCGCAAAGGAAAUCUUUGCGUUUCUGUACAUAUAUUUUUCACACCUUGACCACAACCCGGUUUUGGACAGCAUUCAUCGGCGGGAAAGCUUUGGAAGAAGCAGCCAGGAGCGGUGACCAGUCCCCUCACGAUGUGGACUUUUCUGGGUAUCGCUUCCUUCAUCUACGUGUAUAAAAAGUGUGGAGACCUCAUGACUUAUGCCAAUAAGGAGGUGCUGCUCUCCGUGUUGGUGUUUUUCUCCCUCGGCUUGCUGCUGUCAUACAGGUACCGCUUCAGAGGACCCAAACAGCAGCAGCAGCGGAAGACCCACUCAAGCUUGGUGUCAGACGUUCUCUCAGCUUUACCACUUGUUGGCUUCUUCUGGUCCAAACCCACCCCAGGGUCUCAACAAGUCGAAAAACUCAAAUCCAGAAAGGGUAGAAGAGAAGUAAACUUCUCAGAUGUAUAUCUGACUGAGACUGCUUCAAAUGCAACUUUAUCACCCCAAUAUGAUCCAGAAAUUAUCAUUGUGGGAUCAGGCAUCCUUGGUUCUUCCUUGGCCACAGUGCUCUCAAGGGAUGGAAGAAAGGUGACUGUGAUAGAGAGGGAUCUGAAAGAACCUGACAGGAUUGUUGGAGAACUGUUGCAACCUGGUGGUUUUAAUGCUCUCAGAGAUUUGGGCCUUGAAGAUACAGUAGAAGGUAUUGAUUCACAAGUAGUAAAUGGUUACAUAAUUCAUGACAUAGAGAGCAAGUCAGAGGUUGAAAUUCCUUACCCAACAUCUGAGGGUGGCCACGUGGCAAGUGGAAGAUCUUUUCAUCAUGGCCAGUUCAUCAUGGGCCUCCGAAGGGCAGCAAUGGCAGAGCCCAAUGCAAAAUUCAUUGAGGGGACUGUGUUGGAAUUGCUUGAGGAAGAUGACUGUGUCUUGGGUGUUCGGUACAAGGACAAAGAAACUGGAGACACGAAGGAACUUCAUGCACCACUUACUAUUGUAGCUGAUGGAAUCUUCUCCAAAUUUAGAAAAAACUUGGUCUCCAACAAAGUUACUGUUUCAUCCCAUUUUGUUGGUUUCAUUUUGAAGGAUGCACCACAGUUUAAAGCUAAUCAUGCUGAACUUGUUUUAGCCAAAACUAGUCCAGUGCUUAUCUAUCAGAUUUCUUCAACUGAGACUCGGGUCCUCGUUGAUAUUCGAGGGAAAAUGCCAAAAAAUUUAAAAGAGUACAUGGUUAAUAACGUUCAUCCACAGCUACCUGAUCACUUAAAGGAACCAUUCUUAACAGCAGUUCAGAAUGAUCGUUUAAGGACUAUGCCAGCCAGCUUCUUGCCUCCUUCAGCUGUUAACAAAAAAGGUGUUCUUCUUUUAGGAGAUGCAUAUAACAUGAGACACCCUCUAACUGGUGGAGGAAUGAGUGUUAUUUUAAAUGAUGUUAAAAUAUGGAGAAUUUUACUCCAGGAUAUUCCAGACCUUUAUGAAGAUUCUGAUGUUCUAAAGGCAAAAAAAACUUUUUACUGGUCAAGAAAAAAAUCACAUUCUUUUGUAGUGAAUGUUCUUGCUCAGGCACUUUAUGAACUCUUCGCUGCCACAGAUGAUUCCUUGCAUCAGCUAAAGAAAGCCUGUUUACAUUACUUCAGACUUGGUGGAGAAUGUGUCUCAGGUCCUGUUGGACUGCUCUCUGUGUUAUCUCCUAAACCAAUGGUAUUGAUUGGCCACUUCUUUGCUGUGGCAUUAUACGCUGUUUAUUUUUGCUUUAAGUCAGAGUCCUGGAUCACCAUGCCUCGAGCAUUUUUCAGCAGUGGAGCUAUUCUUUACAAGAGUUGUUCCAUAAUAUUUCCACUUAUUUACUCUGAAAUGAAAUAUUUAGUCUAUUAAAAACCAGGGGGAUAUGUCUGGAGAAAGAAAACAUGAAAAUCACGAUGCCUUCAAAAUCUUUGGAUGUGUACUAUUAAUGUUGUAUUAUGUUUUCUGCUCCUCAAAAUACAAUUUCCUUGAUAAGGAUUGGAUUAAAUUUUGGUUUUGUGGUUAUAUACAUAUAUAUGAUAUGUAAAUAUUCUUUUAUUUGUAAUGAAAUUUAAAAAAGGAGUUAGAUGUUUACAAAGACCAUAAUUAAGUGUUGACAUGUGGUAGUUAAAUGCCAGUUUUGUCAGAAUUUCAUUCCUUGCUUUAUCCAUUGCUGCAUGCACCACUAAUAUUAAUAAACUGAAAAGUGAAAACUGUAAACCAUAUGCUGCUAUUAUCCUUCAUGCUUUUUUUCUGUUCAGUAGUUCCAUAGACUGUGUCUUUCUUACUGUGAAAUGUUGGAACAUACUUGAUUUGAGCUAUUUCAUGGGGAUUUGCCUCUCCUUUUUCUAUUGCAGCUAAGAUACCAGCAUACUGACACUUGAAAGGCCACUGGAAAGGAUUUCAGAUCCUGAAGUGCCACUGUCUCUUUACCUUCAGUCACUGUUGCAAGUGUCAUGUUGCUCUUCUGAAAUCAUUCUUUACACCCUGAUUAAUUUAAAGAAGUAAUAAGCAAACCAUAGUUACGUUGGCUGCUGCAUUGCACUCAGGUACUGAAAGCACAUGGGUUUGAAACUUUCUCCCUAUCUCACUUCCUUUUAAAAACUGGAGGUGUGUUUUGUUUGGUUGGUUUUUUUUUGCUUACAUUCUGUGUGUGCAACUGAAGUUUAACACUGCCACAAACUGAAGCACAGCAAUGAAUCACAUCCACAGAAACAAAAUUCAGUCCAGAUUAUUUCCAGUAGACAAUAAUCUAUAAUGCUACUUAUUAUAAUUCAUGAGAAUUACCAUGAAAGUGUCCUUUUAAUACCUGCAGUAUGAUUAUUUUUUCCUGUUGAAGUUACAGCAUGCUGGUUUGUCUUUUACUGCUGGUCACUAUUUCUAUCAGUGUUAUAUUUAUUAUAAUUUCCUUUGUUCUUGAGCAAUUUUUUCCCCCUUUCUUGUGAUUGAUUUGCAUCUUGCUGUAUAGCUUUUCUAUAAACAAUUAGUGCAGCCAACAACUUUGAGACCAGUAAGAAAUGACAUUUUUUUCUACUGUCAAAAUUUUGACUAUGUCUUUUGAGAAUGACAUAAUGCAUAAGCUGUGCAUAAAUAUACAUUUUAUGUUGGACUGUGAAAAAAAGUCUGUGGAGAGGCAUUUUUAGUAUUUUAUUUGACUGAUAAAUGACCUGUUCCUUUCCAGAAGCAAAAUUAUGUAUAUUUUUCUAACCAUAACCAAUUUUGAUACCCUCUAAAAAUUACACAUCAUUAAUAUGUCUAUGUUUAAGCUUUAGGGUAAAGUACUCAUAUUUUCAAAUAUCAUUAUAUGUGGUAACUAAAUUAUGCCCCUUUAAGGGUAUAUAAGCUUUGCAGAAUUUAUACAAGUGUUUUCAAAAUUUGUGACAAUUUUAAAAAUAUUAAUUUUACAUUUUCUAUUUUUUUAUAUUAUUUGCAGUCAGUCUCUUUAAAGUACAGGAUAAGCAGUCCUGAGCCAAAUAUGCAUCCUCAGCUAACUUAAAUAAAAAGUUCUGAUAUGCGUGGGUUUUUUU